GAAAGUCUUCCAGGAAGCUCAGAGGGCUUUACGGCUGCAGUGUAUGCAACUUAGGGCAUGAUGAAAAUACGAAGUUACUGGACUUAAUGGAAGUACUAUUAUGUUAACGAGUUGAUUUUAAAGGGUAAAUCGUGUAGUUUUAGAGAAAUGCCUUUGUUUACAAACAGAGGAGUGGGCCGCAUUAGCUCUACAGCGGAACUGUUCGACAAAUAUCCACAUUUAAAGGAAAAUGCAAGAACGUUUCGGUCCAGGCCACUUGUUGAUGUCGACCCAACCUGCUUCUUGUAUGUCCAACAAAGAGAGUUUGCUGCAACAACACCAUCAGACAGCAGUGUUUCAGUGAUCGGAUCUGAUGAUGCCACCACCUGCCAUUUAGUUGUGCUGCGACACACUGGAAGUGGAGCUGUUUGCCUUGCUCAUUGUGAUGGUUCCAGCACCUGGUCUGAAGUCCCGCUCCUAGUGAAAGCUGUCUCGUCACUGAGUAACGUCUAUAAGGAGGGCAGAUUUGAGCUUCACCUUGUCGGGGGAUUUAAUGAUGAGACAAAAACAUCCCAUAAACUCAGCCUUAGCAUCCUGGCAGCGUUCCAGAAACAGAAAGAAGAUAUUCAUCUGGAAACAUGCUGCGUCACAGAACUGAACGACAUUAUUGUUGAUGGAACACAUAGGCCUGUUGUGUAUGGAAUAGGUGUGAAUGUCAAAACAGGGGAUGUGUUUCCUUCAGCGCUCUCCCAUAAAGGACCGGCAGAACAGUUGCGUUCAGCAAGGACCUUCACCGGGGGACAGAUGGCUGACAUAUAUGACUCAAGUCGAGGACUUGUUAAAAUAGGCCCUUGCAAGUGGUCUCCAAAUCUGGAUAUUGCCUUCUGGUUGUCACAAAAUGAUGACACAAUUUUAAAGUACCUGUCAACCUCUCCGAUGGCUGAGCCACCACACUUUGUCCAGCACAUGAAGUCCACCAUCCAGUUCCUCUUAGAACACCCCAGCUCUGAUAGCCUGUUCCCUGGCGGUCAGCCACAGUUCUACCACAGGACUGAGAGGGGGGACUGGGAGAGGGUUGGCCCGUCAUAGAGCACAGCCCUAACUGCUUUCUUUCACUCAACCUUAACAUGGAACAUACCUAUUUUUGCCUCUCAGUUCAAUGGAUACAUUGUGACCCAUCCACCCAGUGUCUGAUUUUGUUCAUCGUGUCUUAACGUGGAGGGAAAUGCCCGCUUGAUCGUGUGUAUACUGUGUGGCUUUCCUGACUUGUCUUGCAGGUCAAGUUGGAAGAGUUUAGGAAGUAUAAGGGAUUCAGUUCAGUUUUGUCAUAGUUAGUUUUUUCUAAUCUUGUAAGGUGGUGUCUCCAUUUAUAUCAUCGACUUUAGUCUAGGUUAGUGACCUACUACUCUUUUCUCACUAUAGAAAGACAAAAACAAUACAUUGUCUUAUACCCUGUUCAAAGGUCAUAGCAAUCAUUAUGUAUCAUUUUUAGCAAUAACAAAAAAACUACAAACAUUUUUUUCUAUCUGCUAUAAAUGUUGCAUGCUUCCAUCAAUCAUUUUAUUAAGCAAACUUCCAUAAUUCAAACUUCUGACAUCAAAUUGCCUUUGUAGUUUUAAUCACUUGGUUAAUGUUGUUAAUGCAAACAUUCUGUGACAUUUGAAAUGAAUUAAGAAAUAUGCUUAUAUCUGUGUAUUAUGAAGUUAAUACGCCAAAACACGUAAAGCCAUGUCCUUAAAUGUAGAGCAUGAUUUACUGUGCACGACUAAUAACUGGUGGGGAACUCAAUCCAAUAAAAAUUAAGGAUAUAUUAUUUAUUUAUCCACUAUGUUCAUACCAAUGUGAGGAAAAAUAAUUAGCAUUCAGCUUUGUUGAGGAGUUUAACAAAGUGGAUAUUUGUCUUUAAAUGCACCUUCCUGAUGAGAUUGGAAUCAUGGUUGUAUAUACUGCUGUAUACUGGGCUAUGAAUGUUAUAGGAAAAUGCAUUUGUAAAUUGUACAAUAAUCUUCUGCAAGGGAGGGUAUGUAUUCUUGUUAAAUUUAACAAAAUAUGGUUUUACUUUUAAUGUGUAAAAAAUGAAAACACCAUUCAUUGUGUAAGGCCUUUCAUCACGUGUUAUUCUUAAGGUUGCAAGGUGCAAAUGGCAUUAAGUGCAACUUAUUGCAACUUGCGAUACUGUAUCUGUUGCUAAAUAAAUGUAAAUAAUCAAAUCUA